GCAGCAGCAGAAGAAAAUGCAAAUGGCGUACGGUAGUGGAACGUAGUGAUUUUCUGUGCGGGUUCCAGUUUUUGUUGGAAAAUACAUCUACGCGAUGUAUUAGCGCGGAAAUUCGGUACCAAUCGUGAGUUAAAGUGUUCCGUCAUAAGGGAACGGUGGAGUUAGCCCCGUAAGUAGCGCCCCGGUGGCCCAAACUCGUUGGUGGCCGUUUUCUCCAUCGAAUUGUUUUCCGGAGUUUGGCGGUGUCCAAAGUGAAAAAAUCGCCAAACUUGGCGAUAUCAGCGUUUUGGGCGUAGAUUUAGUUUGAUUAACAUUAUUCGAUUGAUUCGUUAGCGAUUAAAGAUACAAGUGCCGGUGGUGAAUUUUACUGAAUACGGAUUAAAUCGCGAUUUGUUUGGUGGAAAAGUUUUCGCGCUCCUCGAAAACUACAGCAGCAAGAAAAAAGCGUCCACUCUCUACGUCGUACUGUUGUCGACGAUCGAUGAACUAUGAAUGAUAUUAGCACAAACAACAAGGACGGGGUUCUAACUGCCCCGUCGGCCUGGGAACAACUGACAAACCCAGCCCUAGCCGAGCAACAUCAACAACAGCUGCAACAGCAACAACAGCAACAGCAACAAAUAGCACUGCAACAGCAAUCGCACUUGCAGCAGCAGCAGCAGCAGCCUCCACAACAGCAACAACAACAACAACCCCCGCAACAACAGCCAACCCCUCAACAACAUGUACUACCCCAACACCAGCAGCAGCAUCCCAUGCACUCGCCUUACCCGCAUCAUCAGCAACACCAACAACUUCCUCAUCCCCAGCAUCAGGUUGCGUCACCUGGCACACCUACCUUGCCCCAUCCGAACAUGACUCCCCACCAUCAUCCGCAGCACAGCGGGCCGCUUCAGGCAACGAGUCCUACCACAACAGCAGCGCCUAUGACGCCAACCAAGACCACCCCUCCGGAUAUGUCGCAUACCCCGCAAACAGCACCUGCUCCCGGGUCACAAACACCGGGACCAAGUUACGGCGAGGAGCUCCAUCCUGAGCUGGUCAACCAAGGUUGGCGGAAGUUUUGGUCUAAACGCGAGGGACGUCCAUACUUUUGGAACAAGAUGUCCGGUGAAUCUCUGUGGGAACCCCCGAUGUUGAACCGCAACAAUCAGCAAUUUGAUCCUUUGACCGAUCCACUGGGCAUAUGCCAUUCGGGUCAGAACAAUGGACCUACAACUCCACACCCACAACAAAAUAAUGCGUUAAAGCGAAGGGCAUCCGAAGAUACUCAGAAUAACCAUCAACAACAGCAGUCAACGGGUGCUCCUCCGCCGCUCAAAAAGUAUGUACUCCCCGGUCCCUGGGAUCUGGAAAUACCUACCAAUGUUGUGAUUUACGACCGCAUUCCAACCUUGUAUCCGCAUCCGUACCCGGAGGUAGAAGCAUUGCGAGGAGUCCUUACUGCGCGACUAUUCAAAACCUACAAAGAUCACCUCACUAAACGAGAGUUCAUAACUCCUCCCGGAUCAUUCAACCGGUGGCUGAUGGAGCGAAAAAUCAUCGAUCAAGGAGUGGAUCCAAUGCUCCCGAGCGUCUGCCAGCCGGAAAUUUCCCAGCAAAUGUACCAGGAAAUUAUACGAGACAUUCCUAUCAAGAUUGUCAGGCCAAAGUUCACCGGUGAUGCUCGAAAGCAAUUAUCCAUAUACUGCAAAGCGGCAACAGAAAUAUUUGAACGGUUUCCGGCAUCGGUCGAAAGCAAAAAGGUGAUAAAAUGGAACGCGGCCGAAACGUACGAAUGGUUGCGAAAAACCGUCGGGGCCAGCUACGAAGAUUUCGAGGAUCGAUUGACACACCUGCGGAGGCAAUGCGAGCCCCACAUAGUGGAAACGGUGCGGAGCAGUGUGGAGCAGCUGUGCGCCAAAAUCUACCACAUCUCGGCGCAACACGUGAAAACCAUACGCGAUCGGCACAGUCAAAUCCUGAAGGAAAGCGGCAUCCAGGAGCUGACGCAACCGUUGCAGCCUCCCCUGCCACGGAAAGUAUGGUGCUAUCCGAUUCAGUUCUCCAUUCCCUCGCCACGGAUGCCGCAGAUCGAGUACAACACCGAUCGGGAUCACAUGAUCAUAAAAUAUACGCACGCAUGCCUCACCGGCCCAGACACGCAUAAGAUCAACAGCUCCCAUCUGCAAAAGUUGGAACAACUGUAUCGCUUCAACUGUUUCGACGACAAGAAGUUCGACUUUUUCAUCGGUCGUGUGUACUGCAUGCUGAAGCGGUACUCCAGCUUCUUGUAUAACGGUAGCCCAACGCCACAGGAACCGGAGCUGACACAGGCGGCCCUGCCGGCAGUUGUGUUCGAAUGUCUGCACCUGCACUUUGGCGUAACCUUUGAGUGUUUCGCCAGUCCGCUGAACUGUUACUUCCGCCAAUAUUGCUCCGCGUUUGGCGAUACCGAUUCGUACUUCGGGUCCCGGGGUUCGUUUUUGGAGUUCAAACCGGUGUCCGGUUCGUUCCAGGUGAAUCCACCCUACUGCGAGGAGCUGAUCGAUGCCACGUUGCAGCACAUCGAUCGAUUGCUGACGGAUUCAACGGAGCCUCUGAGUUUCAUCGUCUUCCUACAAGAGUGGAAAGAACCGGCUCUGCAGUGUCUGUCGAAAAUCGAGGACAGCCACUUCAAGCGCAAACAAGUGGUGGUAAUGGGAAUGGAACACGAAUAUCGUCACGGGUUGCAGCACUGUAUCCCGAAAUCGGAUGUCAACUUCAAGAGCAUCCACGGAACGAUGGUAGUGUGGUUGCAGAACAAUGCCGGCUUCCAACGGUGGGGUCCUACCGAGACGCGAGUUGAUGCCCUGUUGGAAGCCUUCCGACCCGGCCGGGAACGUGAAAGGGACAAGAUAGUACCUGCUAACAAUACCACCCCGGUAGCGGUCAGCAGUCCACCGGACAGUGUCGGCACAGUUAACAACAGCGAUUCCGGGAAUGCAACCCCCAAAACGCCCCAAUCUUCGACGGGUUAAAUCAAAGCAAUUGUUGAACAAAGUUCUAUCGCGCACCUAAUCAUAUUGGAGCAUACAACCAGAAACACAUUUUGCUGUACAUUUUUUUUCUUUCGAAGCAUGUAACAAAUAUCAGGUCAACUGAAGUCAGCUUCAACCGAUUUUAAUCUGCACACUGACACAAAGUAAGCUUAUCGAUAUUAAACACGUUUAAUAGUGAACAUAUAUUACAAGAGGUAGUGAAUUUUAGUUCUUGAACAAACGUUUCUGAAAGUAGCAUCAAGAAGUUUUAGCUCGAUAGCCAAAAAGCGCCAGAACCAGUCAAACUACGGAAGCUUUCAUUUUUUAAAUCAGAACACACUAUGGUAGCAUCUUUAAUAAGCCUAUAACACUAAUCCCAUAACAGUGGAACAGAUUAUGCAUAUAGAAAAGCAUUAGGCUAAACAGUACAGUCCUUUCAAACAGGAGUUAAAAUAUUGAUCAUUGUACUAUUUGUUGUUGAUUCUUUUUAGUCGAGU